AUGAAGUUGGCCCUCACCAUCACCCCAGGCCCUCACCAUCACCCCCACUCCCUCACCGUCACCCCAGGCCCUCAGAGUCACCCCCACCCACAGGCCCUCACCGUCACCCAAGGCCCUCACAGUCACCCAAGGCCCUCACAGUCACCCCCACCCCAGGCCCUCACCGUCACCCCCACCCCAGGCCCUCACCGUCACCCCCACCGUCACCCCCACCCCUGGCCCUCACCGUCACCCCAGGCCCUCACCGUCACCCCCACCCCUGGCCCUCACCGUCACCCCAGGCCCUCACCGUCACCCCAGGCCCUCACCGUCACCCCCACCCCAGGCCCUCACCGUCACCCCCACCCCAAGGCCCUCACCGUCACCCCCCCCCCCCCCUUAACCUCACUGUCAACCCAGGCCCUCACCCCCACCGUUGAAACCCUGUUCCCCACCCCAAGGCCCUCACCCCCACCCCAAGGCCCUCACCCCCACCCCAAGGCCCUCACCCCCACCCCAAGUCACCCCCACCCCCUCACCCCACCGUUAAACAUGCCCCUCACCCCACCGUUUUCCCCUCACCCCACCGCCCUCACCCCACCAUUAGGCCCUCACCCCCCACCCCAAGGCCCUCACCCCCACCCCAAGGCCCUCACCCCCACCCCAAGGCCCUCACCCCCACCCCCUCACCCCACCGUUAGGCCCCCUCACCCCACCGCCCUCACCCCCACCCCAAGGCCCUCACCCCCACCCCAAGGCCCUCACCCCAAGGCCCUCACCCCCACCCCAAGGCCCUCACCCCACAUUAGGCCCUCACCCCCACCCCAAGGCCCUCACCCCACCAUUAGGCCCUCACCCCCACCCCAAGGCCCUCACCCCCACCCCAAGGCCCUCACCCCAAGGCCCUCACCCCACCCCAAGGCGGCAUAG